AAACUGCAACCGUUGUCAAUGCCCAGCUUUUUGUGUUUUCUUGCAUUUUCCGACCUAUGCAAGUUAAUAAUCAAUAUUAUUUUGUUAGAAAAUCUGCGUUUUAACUUUAUUCAAGUGCCCAUUUUUGCAAAAAAGUAAUCGAACUGUUCGUAUUUACUCAAAAGGUUUUAUUUCAUGGUGACUGUUAAUAAUUUUGCUUUGAAACAGCCUAGUCGUUUCUUAUAGGAGGUGAAUUGAUUAUGAUUGUUUGGCAUUAUGAUAUGCUUAUAAACUUACUUUCAGUGUGAAAUAUACUUGACGUUUUGUUUUUGUUAAGUGCGUGUGAUCUGUUAAAAUACUUAAAUCUUGAAUAUCGGUUUCUUUUUAUUGUGUUUAAGUAAUUUUUAGCGGAAAAUCAUCAGUUGCUUUAUAUCGACUGUAUAUAUUUAAAACUUACUCUUUCAGUAUGCUCUAAAUUUGAGUUGAUAAACACCUACUUUAUACCUCAUGAUUGUUCCACUGAAAGAUUUGACUUGUGUUUCUCAUUAUCUUUAUAUUCAAUAAGAUAUGUCUGAAGUCUCUGUGACAUUAGAUGAGGAAGAAGGGCAGUUGAAGGAAGAAGAAACAAAAGAGGAUGUAGAAGAUGUUUUUGAAAGUCCCGAGAGUCCAGAAGUAUCAUGUUCUAAUGAUGAAAUUAAGAAUGAAACUGAAGAAAUAGAAAGCAAAGUAAAAGAAUUUGAGAUCACUAAUGAAAGCACAGAUGGAAAAAAUUUUGAUGUUGAGUUGGAUUUUGAAGGGGAACAAGCUUCUGAUAAAGAAGAUGGGGAAAUACCUGGUGAGAAACUGCCAGAUGAGGAAAAGGGUGAAUUAGAAGAAGGAGAAGAUGGUGAACUUACUGAAGGGGAUGAUGAACUUGAAGAAGGGGAACUGGAAGAAUCUGGACCAGCUGCUAAAACCCCUACCAGACAAGUGUGCCGGUUUUUCAACCGGGGGAAAUGCACAUUUGGUCAAGUUUGUCGUUUUUUGCAUUUAAAUAAUAAUUAUGGUCGUGGAAACUACAACAUGUUUCAGAAUAAUAAUGAUAGGUAUCCUAAUAAUGGUGGACCAUGGCCCCCAGCAAGUGAUCCUGCCAUGGUUAAUCCAAGAUCUGGAGGACGUCAAGAUUUUUUUGUACCCCCUUUUGUGCCCCCACCAGUGCCACAACCAAGUCCACUUGAAAGUGCUUGGGAGAGAGGUCUACUCAAUGCAAAAAAAUUGGUGAAGAAAGCACAUAUUAGAAAAGGUAGCUCUCCUGAUUUUGAAGAAAAGCGACUGAACUUAAGCUUAUCUCAGGAUCUGCCUGAAAAUGAUAAAGAAAAUGAAAAGAAAAAAGGAGAUAGGCAAAAUUUCUACAAAUAUGAUGCUGAACCACCCAAUUGGAAAAGGCAUAGUUUUGACAAUUUUGAGAUACGCUACACUAAUAGAGAUUUCUUAGAUGUUCCAUAUAGAGAACGUGAAAAGGGUUCACCCCCAAGUAACAGACGAGACAACUAUCCAGAUCGAGGAGAAAAGAUGUCAAAAAGGGGUGGACGCCAAUGGGACAAUGAUAGAUUUGGAGCAUUACCCCGACUACGUGCUGAGGAAUGGUAUGAUCCUUACAGAAGAUCAAAGUCUCCGAAAGGAAGGAGAUCUCGCUCCAGGUCGGGCAGUUAUUCAACUGUAUCAAGCUACUCAUAUUCUGACAGGUCGUCUGUGUCAUAUUCCAGAAGUUCUUCUGGAAGUUCGUGUGACUCUUCACGAAGUCCAUCCCCUUUAUCACGGAGAAAAUCUCCUCAUGAUGGAAUCUCAUCGCCAAAAAGAAGCGACAGUAGACUUCUAACAAGGAGAAAACCUGGUGGAAGACACGGAAGAAGUGGAAGUUAUUCACGAAGUCAUUCAAGGUCACGGUCCAUCAGCAGGUCUAGUUCAUCAAGAUCUUUAUCUAUGGAUUCAAUAUCUGAAUCUGGUAAUUCUUCGACAGCAUCUGUUGGUGGAAGUAAACCACACCUAUCUAUUAUGUCCAAAAAAGAUGAUGACAAACCAGAAGAUGAAAUAAGAGCCAAAAAACUCUUUCAACAGUUGCAAUAUUUGAAAGAAAAAAAGGAUAGUAAAUUAGGUACAAAUCGAGAAGAAGACCCAGAUGAUCCACUAAAUGAUAUAAUGCCAUCUCAGCAGUCUUCAAUGCCUGCUUUUCCCAGCUUGCAGCAUUUAUUACCUAGUACAGAUAAAAAAGAAUCCAAUAAAGGUCCUCAUGCUCAGAAACAACAAAUAAAACUGACAUUGCUCAAUAAGAGCCAAACAAAUAAGUUUGCCAGCCUUCAGAAGGAUGUUGACCCUGCAAAACCCAAACAAUUAAAUGACGAAUCAAAGUUUAGUGGUGGAUUUCAUCCUGGUACCAAGAGACCAUUAUCUCCACCUUCUCCUACAGCGCCUGCACCAUCUGCUGCUCCUAAAAAGUCUGCUAGCUCACGUAGGGAUGAACUAUUGAAACAAUUAAAAGCAGUAGAAGAUGCUAUAGCAAGAAAGAGAGCAAAAUUUUGCUGAAAUACACUAUACAUAACUAAUUUGUAUGAAGAAAAAAAAAUGAAUUACUGCACUAUUUAUGUGAGCAUGUACUUCUUAUUUUACUUCAAGCCAAUCAAUUGCUAAGCUGUAGUUUGGUGGAUUACGUUUGUCAGAGCUGUAAAAAAUUAUCCUUAUUUUUAUUUUAAUUUCAUGAAACAAAUUGGAUAUCAGUUAAGUUUAUUGCCAAUUAACCAAAGGGAAAUCUGGACACUGUUAUUGUUUUGUUUUUUUUAUAAAGUUAACUAAAAGACUUGUGCCCUUUAGAUUCAUAUUGUAAGACUAAAAUUAUUAAUUGUUGGGCAAUUACAUCAUUUUAAAUCUAUUAACAGACUUUAAAAUAUGAAAAAAAUAUAAAUGUUAUUUUCAUCAUUUCUAUUUCUUUUUAUUAUUAUGAAAUGUUUUAUGGGGACAUGUAAAAUUAGUAGCAACAAGAUAAAGUAUCUUUUCCUAAAAUUUUUUUCUUUUAUUCACAUUUCUUUGCUUUAUUUUAAUACAAUUGAAUUUAGAUUUAUUUUUUUUUAAUUUGUAUAUUUUAUUCAAAUUAUUUUAACUUUAAAUUUUUUUAUCUCCUUAUAAAGAACAUUAAAUGGAAAAUAAGCACUGUAAUAUUAAUUUAUUUAUGGUUACAAUAUAACUCAUAGCAUUUAUCACAAAUCUAGCUUUAAUUUUUUAUACCAGCUUCUUAAUUUAUUUUUAAAUUUGAAAUCUUGGUUUUACUUUUAAAAACUCCAGUAAUUUAGACUUUUUACAACCAAAUGCUUACCAGAAGUCUUGUGCUAAAAGAAUCUUUCACCUUCAAAGUCGCAUUUUAGAUUAAUUAAAUGAUUACUUUAUUUAUGAAUAUAUGUACGAAAUUAGAUUUUUUUAGUUUAAUUUUGUGUCCCAAAGUUAUUUUAUGUUUCAGUGUUGGAAAAACAUAGUCACAAUAUUUUUUUUUUCUUUUUCAGUACCUAAUUACAUGAAGUAUACUGUCUCAUUAUCAAAAAUGGUUAAGUUGGUUUUGAGUAUUAAUACUUAAGUUCUAAAGAAAAUAGUAUACAUCAAUUAGUAUAUGUAUACAUUAAAUUGUGUUAUGUUUGCAUGUUUGAGAUACUCCUUGUUUUUUUUCUGUACAUAUUUUCAAAAUGUUAUGCAAGGAAUUGAAUCGUAUCAUUUAGAAUAAGUUGAUAAGAAACAAUUCAAAUUAAGGCAUUUGAAGCUUUAUUUCUUUAUAUAUUGUAGAGCAAGACUAAGGAUUGAAGGCUAUCCUUAUUAUUAUUAGUUCUUACUUUUUGGUUGUAGCAAGUAGGAUACUUUUUUAACAGUAAUGCAUAUUUGCUGAAUAAACCUAAUUUGCUUUUUUUUUAUAACUGCUCAUAAAUAUUAUUUUAUUUUGAAAGUUUCUAAUUAUAGAUACAACUUUUUUUUAACACUUGUGAAAUUUUUACUCGGCCCUAUUGUGGCAAAUAGUCCAAGUUUGUUUUCUCCCCUCAAUUCUUGUACAUAAAAGAAUUAUAGCAUAAAUUUUACACAUUGUUCUUGAUUUGUAGAUUUUUUGGUCAUAAUCACUUGUACAUAAAUUGUCUUCAAAUAUGAGAAAACUUAAACUCUAAAUGUACAUGCCUAAAUGUGAUAGUUAGUUAAAAAUGCAAUAGGCACAGUUAAUUUAAUGAUAACCAUAUUGUCAACUGAUCCAUUGGUCAUUUUCCCAAUGCUCUUUGGAAUUGUUGGUGUGAUUAAUAAUAAUUACCAAUAAUUCAAAAACUUUGGAUUACUAUGUAGAGUAAUUUAUUUUCAUUGUAUUUCAAAUUGAAAGUUGCUGUAUUUCUUCAUUUACCAGUACUUUUUCAUGUUUAUAUUUCAUCUAUGUUUUGUUUAGUACUUUUUUAUUUUAUGCUAUAAAUAAUUGUUAGGAAAUAAAUAAAAUAGUAUUAAAAUGUUUCACAUUUGACAAAAGUUUAUUUUGCUGAACUGGUGAAAGGAAGUGAUUGAAACAUUGUAUUCUUUCAACCCAUGUGUUCAAUAUCAAAUAUCAUUGUAUGCAAUGUUAAUAAUAAUGUUUGUAUAAAUUAAACUUUUUGAUAAUAAUGUAAAAAAAAAAUUUCAAACUAAACAUUCAAAUAAAUCUCUUCAUGACUUUUAUAACUCGAUUUUUGUGUAUAUAAAUUUUUGUUUCAUUAAAAUGAUCAAGACUAAUUAAGAAACAAAAUGCUUGGUGCUCUUAGUGUUUCAAAAUAAGUUUAUGGAAACCUAUUGUGUACAUUCAAUAAAGUAAAUCAGUUUUUUUUUUAAAAAGAAAUUAUUUUAAUCUUCUA